AUGAAUAAAUUUUCAUUAGUUUUCUCAGAUUCUUUAUUGGAAGAAAAAUAUUAAGAAAGCUAAAGACCAUAAAUAUUACAAGGCUUUAAGAUUAACACAAUUAUACCAAUUGUUUCUUAUGCAUUUCAAGCAGGAUAUUGGAUGAUAAAAAAUUAGAUAAUACUAUCUAUUGUAUAUAUCAUUUUGACAAUUUUGUAUUCUUUUUUUUUUUACAAAGUUGUGAUACGAUAAUAGUGGUUUAAAAUAGUUGAUAUAAUAGUAUUUUCAUUUAGUUUGUAAGCUUCAAUAAUAUAAUUUAUCCCAAAUUGGAUACAGAGUUUAGCUGAAUCUGAUAUUGGUUGGAUUGAAGAUAUUACUAUUUAAAUGGGUUUGCAUAUGAACAUAACUCAAAAUCUUGUACAAAAUGCAGUUCUAUAUUUAAUUUUUAUAGCAACUCGAAUUUAUUUCAGAUCCAUGUUGGAAUUUAACCCUAUGUGCAUUCUAUUCUUAUUAUUUACAAUACUUACUUGUCACAAUGAAUAUUAAAGAAUUAAAAGUUCAAGAUAUCAAUUUUUAUGGAAAGAAAAAAAUUUAAACUAAUAUUUUAUUUUUGAUGAUUUAAUAAAAGAGAGUUUAGUCAUUCUCAAUUAUAAUGAUGUAUGGGAUAAAUUUAAAGUUGUAUACGCAAACAAGUAGUUUUAUUCUGAGUAUCAUGAGAGUCCCUUAGAUUUCUUUAAAGAGACUCAACUUUCACUACACAAGAUGUCAACAAUCACAUUUUUGCAUUAUAAAAUUCAAGAUAUAAAGAGUUCUUUUUAAUUUGAAGCUUUCUGGAAAAACAAGAACUAACACUUAAUUAUUGAAUGUAGAAAAUAUUCCAUUAUGGAUACACAGAUAAUUUUAAAGAUUACUACCAAAAAAGCUUAUACUGAAAAUAAUGUGUAUCCACUUUUGUAUAAAGGAAUUUUAAAGAAAUUAAAGAAGAUAGAUAGAUAACAUUAUCAUACAGAAUCAUUAAAGAAUCUUCUUGCUACAUUGUUAGUAAAACCUAAGCAAAUCAUAAAUUUUAAAAUUCAAUGUAUUAAUUAUAAUAAGUUGAGUGCUCUUUUAAUGAAUAUUUUAAGAGAUAAUUCAGCUUUAUUUACUUUAAAUCUUAAAUCUGAUACUUUUUAUACAAAUAUACCAUUAUUAUAUAUUUUAAUGAUCUCUGUAAGUAAAUAUUAUAAGGUAAGCACCUUUUCAAUGCAUCAGAUGAAUGAAUCUAUUUUAGAAAUAAUUGUGAAAGGAUCAAUAAAAAAAAACACAGAAUAGAAUUAAUAAUUAUUUUAGAAAUUAAUGAGUAUAAUAAUAGAUUUGAUAGGAAUAGAAUAAAUAAAUAUAGAAAAAAAUUCAUUUAUGUGUAAAAUAAUGAAUAUGGAAAGUCCUUUUAUUUCAACUAUGAAUUGA